AUCAUUAUUUUUUAAGUAGUUUCCAUUUGCAAAUUAUAAUUUUAUUUUCCAACGAAUUUACACAAAUGCACUGAUGAUCUGAUGUCUUUUGGAAGGAAAAAAACAAAAAAAAAUCUAUAAUGCAUGAUAUAAAUAUGUUUUGAGGUCAGAAUUUGAUGUAUUUUCUGUAGUUUAAUGGCGAUUGGUGUACUCUGCGCUUUUCUGCGAGAUCUGAGAAAAUGAGAGAGCAGCAGCUAAGAAGGGUUUCACUAUUUAAAGACUAAUUCAAUGAAAAAGACAGUAAUUUUCUUUAACAGAAAGGGCUUCUUAGAUAGAAUGAAUGACAGGAAUUAAUUAGUGUCGGUGUUUUUAUUGGUGCAAAUUUAAAAUAAAUUGGAAGAGAAAUAGUAACAAAUGCCAUAUCAGCUGAAGUAUACAAUUUCCAAAAUCUCGAUUUUUAGUUUUGCAAAUUUUACUUCUUGAAACAAAUUAUCGUCACUUAGUUCGAUAAGAAAUAUUUAGGACUAUUAACAGUACUUUCGUGGCUGCAGCUUUUUAUUCUUUACAAGUAGAGGUUUUAGUACUAGUGCUAUUUCGCAAACAACUCCCAUGAAGAGACUGGUUUCUGGAUUUUCUUCUAGCGGGCUUAAAUGUGAGCUGUGACUAUCUUUGAAUUCUUGGUUGUAUUGAUAAAUAUGAAAAAAAAAUGUACCGUCUAUAAUAGUUUGCUUUUAGAUUUGAUGGCUAUUUAAUAGGGCAUCAGCGUAUGAAAUUUCAUUGCUACCUAUGAUGAUAAUUGGAUGCAGUAGACGUCUGGGAAAAAUAAGUAUAGUAUGUAUGUGAGGGAGUAUGGAGACGACACGGUUCAGUUACGUUGUGGUCAUUCAAUGUUUAUAAAGUUGGUUUUUUCACUUCGGUCUUUUAAUCCUUUUUUUAUUUAAUACAAGAUUAUGAUACAUCCAAAUGUAUUUUGAUCUUGCACACGUAUGUUGUUAGAAAGAAGAAAGAGAAGAAGCCACCUUAAUGCAGCAGAAUACAAGACGACCGAACCUCUCAUCUUUGGAAAUACCUGCGCGGUCUCUGGAGAGCACAUUGUAUGAUUUCGCUAGAAUAGAUAUUCCAAGUCCUACUUCUACCAAAGCAGGCUUGCCUCCUAGACCGAACUCUGCAAAAUUGAUUUCAUCUGUUAAAAAUUUGCUUCCCCAAAGGAGUUUCAGGGGUAAACACCCAAUUCAGGAUGGUGAGAAGACAGUGCUUAUUAUCCCAGAUACACCAAAAUCGGGCAAACCUUCAACUUCAAGGUCAUUUUCACUAAACAAAUUCUUAUUCUCUUCAUCAACAAAAACUCAUUCUUUACCUGUGACACCAAUGGCGAACGUUGAACCUAAGCCCUCUGAGGAAAAUAAUGUCGAUGGCAAUUAUAAACUACCUAAAUAUGAAGUUCGAAAGCACAUGACACGCUCGUUUUCAGUUCCUGUACAUGUUAGAACCAGAAUCUUAAGGCAGACAGAUUCACCUGGAGGUUUGAUACGUGUAAUAUCUGCAGUCCAUCGGUCUGCAACAUAUGAGAGUGCCUCCGUAGAUAUAUCCCAAGAAAUAGAAGCCCAGGAUGAUACUGGUGAAGACAUUCCAGAAGAAGAAGCUGUGUGCAGAAUUUGUUUUAUCGAGCUUGGUGAAGGAGGUGAAAUGCUCAAGAUGGAGUGCAGCUGCAAAGGAGAUCUUGCACUUGCACACAAGGAGUGUGCUGUGAAGUGGUUUAGCAUCAAAGGUAACAAGACCUGUGAUAUUUGUAAGCAGGAUGUCCGUAACCUUCCGGUAACAUUAUUGAAGAUUCAAAAUCCUCCAACUGUCGUAAGAAGGUCUGCAGCUGUACCACUACAGAGGGAAAUGACUUCUUACAGGCAAGUUAAGCUAAUACAUGCAUUUGUGUUGUCAUUUUUACCCUUUCGAAAAAGUGAAGACCAAAGGAAAACUUGCACACCAUCACUUCGUAAUACAGCAAGAGGGAAAGGCUUGCUAAUACAGAGGAUUGAAAGAGACCAUAGAGAUUCCAAUUGGUUUAAACUGAAACAGGUGUCCGACAUGGGACCUCGGGCUCUUGCCAUCUCUUUGCCUUUCUCUUGUGCUUUGGGUCUUCUCUCAUCCAUGAUAUCUUCUACUAUGGUGAGCAAGAGUUACAUAUGGGCUUACGCAUCGUUUCAAUUUGCGAUAGUGAUCCUAUUUGCACAUAUAUUUUAUUCUGUGCUCAAAGUAAAUGCUAUUCUGUCCGUGUUGCUUUCUUCUUUCACUGGGUUUGGAAUUGCAAUUAGCACUAAUUCACUUCUUGCGGAGUAUUUGCGAUGGAAAGCAAGUCGUCGUCAACAGGCUUCCCGACAGAAUAUAAAUGGUGGCGUUGAACUUCAUCGCCAACAUCAGCAAAGACGCCAACACCACCCGUCUCCCCAAAAUCAUCGUCGUCAUAAUCUACAUCAAAAUCAAGAGCAGCAAACAUAGUUUAUCUGUUGGAAUAGUUGAAAACACUAGGCAGGUGCAGUGUACGAGCAAGUAUAAAUAUCAAAUUUUAGGUGUUUUGUAUUGUAGUAGCACUUGUUAUAUGUCCUUUUUGAAGUUUGAAGGGGUGAAUAUGACACCAAUUUUUGGGAUUUAUCUUUCACCUUUGUUAUUAUUAAUGAUAAUUUCAAGUUUUAACAUUUCAUA